AGGUUAAGACGCCGCACGCGCGUGAUUAUCAGCUGUGUACUCGUCGCUGACCGUCAAAGUCACGACCCAAUUCAUGAAUCGCUUCAUUUAACAGCAAAGAAAAUGAACUAUUUACGCAUCCAAUACUCCUCUCUCCCAACAAGGAAGUGCCUGUUGAAUUUGACAAUAAACACAUGGAGAACAGUGCGAAUAGUGCUGUGAAACACCGUGAUUGCAAGUUAACACCAUCGAAAGGAAGUUAUUUGAUGAAUCAACAAUAUUCAACCGCAUACGAGGAAGCUCAUGUUUUUGCACGAUGAAUACGGCGCACAACAUACUCAAAGCUUGCAUCAGAAAGAUGGCUCAACGUCGUCCAUUCAAUGUAAUCGUAGAAGGAAACAUCGGCAGUGGUAAAACAACACUCCUGGAGCAUUUUAAGAAGUAUGAAGAUGUUUCUGUCCAAGCUGAACCCCUCGAACAGUGGACCAACUUCAAUGGACAUAAUUUACUUGCUUUGAUGUAUAAAGAUGCCCAAAAGUGGAGCUUCAGCUUUGAAUCGUAUGUCUUGCUAACCAUGAUGCAGCAACAUCAGCACCCAACCAACAGGGCUGUUCGACUAAUGGAAAGAUCACUCUUCAGUGCAAAAUAUAUUUUUGUUGAGAAGAUGCACAGAGAUGGAAACAUUCCUGAUGCUUCUGCUGCUGUUCUGGAUGAGAUGUUCAAGUUUUUGAAUGAGCAGAAGCCACCACAAGUUGAUUUAAUUGUUUACCUGCGUGCAACACCCGAAGUCGUGCAUGAACGCAUGGUGAAACGUAAUCGUGAUGGUGAGAACACUGUUUCUCUAAAUUAUCUACAAGAUCUGCAUGAAAUGCACGAAGACUGGCUCGUCCGCAAGACUUUGGGGCAUUGUCCGGCGCCUGUUUUGGUGAUGAACGCUGAUUUGGACAAGGCACAAAUUGCUAAUGAGUACAAGAAAUAUGAAGGUGAUAUUCUCAAGGGCAUUCGUCUUCAGGCUUAGAAGAUAUUUGCAAAUUUUUACUUUUCUCAAGUUUACUCCUGAAGUUAAAAGAAGCGACUUUAACGACUUGAAUACUUACACAACUCAAAUCUUUAAAAUGUAUUUAUAAUAACAUAGGAUUUUAUACUAAAUGUUUAUAUCAGAUGUGUUGCUAAUGUGUUUAAUCUGCAAUGAAAGUUUGCACCUUUUAAAGAUUGUAAAUCAACCAAAGUUUCGAAUAUUUUCGAGUCAUUAGCCACUACUUUGUUAUUAUUUUUACUCUAGAAGUGUGUUUACUUUACUUUUAUUCUACAUUUUAGCAUUUCAUACCUCAUAGUUUUGUAUUUGAAAUGAUAAUAUUAAACAUUUUAUAAAAAAUCAUUUAAGACUGAA